CCAUUUUGUUGCUUCAUGAAUUACUUUCAACACUUGCUUGUCUAUUGUUGCUUAUUAUUUUUAUGCUUGAAGGUCAGUGAAGCUAGAAGCAUGGAUAGGGAUACUGUGGAGAGUGGAUUAACAUUUGCGGGUUUUGUGGUAUUUAAUUGUCCCAUAAGAUCAGAUUCAGCCACUGUUUUAUCUGAAUUAAAAGAAUCUUCACAUGACUUGGUGAUGAUUACCGGUGACCAAGCUUUGACAGCUUGUCAUGUUGCUAGCCAAGUUCAUAUUAUAUCAAAGCCCACAUUAAUCCUUGGACCAGCACGAAAUGGUGAGGGAUAUAAUUGGAUGUCGCCUGAUGAGACUGAAAACAUUCGCUACAGUGAGAAAGAGGUUGAAUCUUUAUCAGAGACCCAUGAUCUCUGUAUUGGUGGUGAUUGUAUUGAGAUGUUACAACAGACAUCAGCUCAUCUGGUGGUCAUUCCUCAUGUGAAGGUUUUUGCCAGGGUUGCUCCCGAACAAAAAGAACUUAUCAUGACCACUUUCAAAACAGUUGGACGGUUAACUUUGAUGUGUGGGGAUGGAACCAAUGAUGUUGGGGCUUUGAAGCAGGCCCAUGUAGGAAUCGCUCUUCUAAAUGCAAUUCCUCCAACUCAAAGUGGAAACUCCUCUUCGGAUUCGUCUAAAGAAGAAGGUUCAAAAUCUGCUAAGCAAAAGAAAUCUAAGUCUGCACUGGACACAUCUGGAAAGAGUGCCGGUGAAGGCACUUCCAAAGGCAAAGUUGCUUCAAAAUCAGAUUCCAGUAGCCACUCUUCUGGUAACCGUCAUCAAGCAGCUGUUGAGAUGCAACGACAGAAGCUUAAGAAGAUGAUUGACGAGCUUAAUGAGGAAGGAGAUGGUCGUGCACCCAUUGUGAAGCUUGGUGAUGCCUCAAUGGCAUCUCCAUUCACUGCUAAGCAUGCAUCUGUUGCUCCUACCACUGACAUAAUUCGCCAAGGUCGGAGUACUCUAGUUACUACCCUCCAGAUGUUCAAAAUUCUGGGUCUCAAUUGUCUUGCUACUGCAUAUGUGUUGAGUGUUAUGUAUCUGGAUGGUGUGAAGCUAGGUGACGUACAAGCUACAAUAAGUGGAGUAUUCACUGCUGCAUUUUUCCUCUUCAUCUCACAUGCACGUCCUCUUCCAAGUCUUUCUGCUGAACGUCCUCACCCCAACAUCUUCUGUGCUUAUGUUUUCCUUUCCCUUUUGGGGCAAUUUUCUAUUCACCUGCUUUUCCUGAUUUCAUCUGUGAAAGAAGCUGAAAAAUACAUGCCAGAUGAAUGCAUUGAACCUGAUGCAGAUUUUCAUCCUAACCUGGUGAAUACUGUUUCGUAUAUGGUGAGCAUGAUGCUUCAGGUGGCGACAUUCGCUGUGAACUAUAUGGGCCAUCCGUUCAACCAGAGUAUUUCUGAAAACAGACCGUUCCGGUAUGCACUUGUGGCUGCUGUUAUUUUCUUUACCGUGAUUACAUCUGAUCUGUUCAGGGAGUUGAAUGACUGGUUGAAGUUAGUGCCAUUGCCAGUGGGAUUAAGGGAUAAACUAUUGAUAUGGGCGUUUCUAAUGUUUUUGGUUUGCUAUUCGUGGGAGAGGCUAUUGAGAUGGGCCUUCCCUGGUAAGAUCCCGGCUUGGAAGCGGCGACAACGGCUUGCUGUAUCUAAUUUAGAUAAGAAACAGGUCUAAGUAGUUGACCAAGACAAACACUGACGAUGAUGAGACUGCAUGAAUUUUGCAAUAGGGUUUUUUUUUUAUCAUUUCUCUUUCUAGCUCUUUUUCCCAACAAUCAAUGAGGAAUUUAUCGGAUGUCAAAUUGUUUUUGGGAGAAUGGUAUGAAUUUUAGGACACGUGCCCUCCCUUCUAUCUUUGUUAAUGAUUUUGUUAGCACACCACUUUUUAAUUAUUUUAAUGCUACCAUUCAUUAUAC